AUGCCAAACUUCAUACUAUGCUUGAGCCAUUUUUGUGAAUUACAUGGACCACAAAUCAUUGUUUGUACACAAGUGACGACAGAAGAUAAGAAACAAGAGUACAUCCAUACAUCAGCUUCAACCCAAGGCGUUUGUUCAUCUUGUCAAUUGAUUCUACCAGACAAUGUUGCUAGUCUUGUGACUCAUUCCGAUUCAAGAGUAUUUAUCUCAACAGCAUAUCCAAGUUCUCAAAGACGAUAUGCGGCGUUGAAGAAAUUGAUGAUGAAAUCAUUAUCAGUUGAGACUGUUUCUGAUAUAGCCAAGCCAAUGUUUUUUGGUGAUGCCAUAUAUGGUUAUUGUUUGAAUAAGAUUUUCAAAAUAUAUGAUAUCAAUGCUAGAGGACAGGAGAGAAAAUAUGGUUUAAUGAUGGUUUGCGACUCUGAGUCAGAUUUGUUACAAAAUUGGGAUAUUUUAACAUUGUACGUGUGUGAAUUUAUCGAUUUGAUACAGCAGAGGGUAUCACAUACGAACGAAAAAUUGCAUAAACUGAGUGGAGGUUCUGUUGUAGAUAAUGAACGGUAUCUACGAAGAUCAAUGGCUCGUCCUAAAUCGCUAAUAGAACUUACAGGUGACAAUCAAAUAUUUGUAAAGUUUCAUCUUUGGGCUGUUGAAACAUUGAAAGAUACACUACGAUGA